CUGGGACCUGACAACGGCAUAGAAUAAGGUUUCAGACGAGUUGCGGGUAAGUUAAGGCGAUUAUUUGUAAAUACAUGAUCUUUUCAGUCUCCAUGGCAUUCAGCGUGAACUUUUCUGGUAGCCAUCAUCGACAUGUUGCUGUCUUUCCUUAGAUCCAAAAUAUCAACUCAUAUUCUUUGUUAUUGUUACACUUGAUACACAAAUCAUUGAAUGCUGAGCAGAUCCAGGAAAUCUAUCAAGGCAACAGCCACUUGCGCCUACGCUGUACCCGGCUCUCCAUAUCAGUCGCCAAUUUGAACGGCUCGAUUCUUGUUUAAAAAUUCUGUAAAAUAUAAAUCAAGGAGUUAACUACCACUUGAGAUAGACUAGCUGUUGCUGUGUCACCAGCAUGGAUGGAUUUACCGGGGAUUCCUCCAUAAAAAAAAGCAUUCACGUCGAAAGUUUGUCUCUCAUUUUUCGUCUUUUUGUCUUUGUGCAGUACUUUUACGUCAUGGAUGAUGGUUACGCCGACCCUACCGCGCUUUUGGCGAUCAACAAUGUUCGACUGGGGAUUAUGGCGGUGGUCGGUAUUACGGCCCUGAUCCUGGCCUUCAAACGCAAAUCAAUUCAACCCUAUGCAAACAUCAUCAUUACCUGUGCAUGUAAUAUUGCAUCAGUAGUGAUUGUGGUCUUGAAAGACUUCGAGGUCACCGAAGAAUGGGCAGGCGUCCUUCAAGUGUUGUCUACCUUUGGUCUCUGCUACAGCUGGCUUGUCUUUUUCGAAUCCGCGCGGCAGUUGACUCGAUGGCUGCACAUCACUGGCCGUAAACGCUCGGCAAUGACCCUGUAUGUCGUCUACAGCGGAUAUCUGUGGGCGGUACUAUUGACCGCGUCAUCCGUCACUUACGCUGCUAUUUUAGCAAGAAUGGCUUAUGAUUUUUCAGGAGACUACUACUAUGGGCCGCUGAAUGGUCUCCUAAGUUUCUGCAUCUACGGGCUGAUCUACUUUCCCGUAUCUGCCAUCUGUCUCUUGCUCAUGCUAAAGGACCAUAUUCUCCAUCUCAAGGCUUUGUGUGGCUAUGUCUGCUUGUUAGGCUCCUACGUAAUCGUCUUGAUGGUCAUUUCUUCUCCUGACGUCGCACACGAACUAUAUUGGAAUUGGGACGCAUGGGCGGCGAUCAAUGUCGUCUUUGGCACCGUUUUCGUAGCGUCCGCAUUAUGUAUUUUCCUUUGGAUCGGACCGGCUUCCAAUCUUGUCUUCGAUUCCCAAGUUGGUCCUAAAGAUGGAUUACCAACACAAGCCAUACACCAGAAUAAUAAUUUUGGACAGAUCAACAACACCGGUGCAGGUGCCUUUAACAACGGCUUCAACUGCAAUGCCAAUCCUAAUAUGCCCCCGUUCAAUAAUCCAGCAUUCGUUAACGCCGCAUCCAACAACAAGGCCCCAUUCUCUAACAACGGCUUGAACCAGAACGCCACUCCAGGUUCCAACGGCAACAGCAGUACGAUGCCUUACCAUAAUAAUGGCAUGCCCUUCUUUUCCAACGGGGUCUGGUUUGACAGUGCCGGUGUGCCUCUCAAUAGUCAUCUUUACAAUAACACACAAGCAUUUAAUGGUAAUGCAUUUGGCAACGGCAACGACAGUAACAGCGGACCGGCUAUCCCCAUGGCGACUCGCAGCGGACAAAAUGAGGAGGCUGGAAGCUGUAAAAUCAUGAUCCAUGGAUCUCCGAACAUAUCUUCUGCUGCUGGCCCGUCUUAACAGCAAGCAAUCCUGAGUGAUAUAGCUUGCUGGAUGAACAGAUUAUUUUUAGAUUUUAGCAAACUAAUUUCUCCAUGCUACGAUUAUGUUUUUCUUCCUCAGUAGUUAUACUGUUAAUGAAUAAAGUG